GCUGUGUUUGGGUGAUCUUUGAGGAGAACAUACCGAUAACAACUCGGGGGGGAAAGAUCAUUAUUUUGGAUCGGAUUAAACAGCAUGAAACUGGCCAUGCAAAGAAUUAACCAGACGCUUGAGUACGUUUGAUUGGUACACAAAAACAUACUGGAGAUUGCUGCUGCACUGAUCGCCUUUGGGAAUCUAUACAAGCUAACCGGGCUAAAAACUGCAGCAGACUAAUGCAAGAUUUUCUACAAAAUUUGAAGACUUUUGUGGAUAUAUUAACGUUGAGUUUGUUCGUAUAACCGGGUCCUUUUUGUCACCUUUGUCACUUGGUUAUAUGCUUUUUUGCAAUGCUAUUACAAUUGCAGAGGUGGCUAGUUAGCUUGCUAGCUUGCUAGCACACAAACUUCGCUGCAUUCCGAGUCGCCACGUACGCGAUGCCGAGGACUGACUGCGGCCUUUUUGCGGAUCUUUUAAUAACAAGCAGUUAACUGUCACAUAUCUCUUUGAUCGGAUCUUUAUUAUUAUUUAGCAAUUUAAUGAGCAAGAUCGCAAAACUAAAGGCACUAUUGCUGCUCCCUUUCCGCAGAUGCAGCCGAAGCUAACACCGGUGAACCUGCUAAUUAGCUAUGUCGUUAGCAUGUCAUAGAUAGCCAAGGGUAUAAUCUGGUUUAGUUGUUUACAAUUUGCUGGCCUGAGCAUACGAGCCUGUGACCUCUUUAGAGAAAUCUGACUGACAUUUGACAUCUGAUGCACUAAUUCUACUAACUAUUUCUUGUUAUUUUCUUUAUGUUUUUAUUUAGUGAUUGUAAUGCACACUACAGUAAACCAACUAUGCAGGCUCAAGUAAUAUUGCAGUUCAAAGGUUAGGAACAUUGAGCUAUUUAGUGUCAAAUUGCACGUGAGGUCCCCAGUGUUGCAUGGUAAACAGUUUGCAUUGAAUUACAUUGUUUACAGUAGCUUUAUGCAGACAGGUUUGUAGUAGGGGAGUUGUUGACACAGAGAGCAUAUCUGGACAUAUCAUCCAUGAUUGAUGAUCUGUGUUGAAACUGACUGCCCUGGUCUAGUUUCACCUACACGUCCCAUUUGCAGCUGUAUUUAAAGCUAAUUUUAACCACUCAGUCUGCAAAAAACAUACAAAAAAAACAAAACAAAAAAACAAAACAGAUGUGACAUUCAGGGGUAGUUUUUAGCAGCACUUUAUUAUUGAAGGCGAUUGGGAGCACUAUGAGGUCUUCCUUGGUGCUAGUGCAUGAAAACUUUAAGAUCUGAAUCGGAGCCAGACAGAGGAGUUCUUUGUGUGGAAUGAAAACUCAAGAGGCAAGAGAAGAUGGUGAUGAUAGCCGCGGUGCUGUGACAAAGUAAAGCCUGCAUCCGGAAAAAGAGGACUGACCCACAGGCUGUAGAAAUGAGCCUACGCCAACCCUCCUCUACCCUGGACAGGUUGAGCAGUCUGACCAUCGGGGACUCGGAGCGCAAGUCUUCUGCUGCUCAACAGAGGGAGCCCUGCAUUGAAAUUCCCACAGAAAGUGCAGGUCCUGGUCUGGUGCAGAGAUGUGUGGUGGUUCAGAAGGAUCAAUUGGGCUUCGGCUUCACUGUGUGUGGAGAGAGAGUGAAGCUGGUCCAGAACGUGCGCCCUGGUGGUGCUGCAGUCAAGGCUGGAGUUCAAGAAGGAGAUCGAAUCAUAAAGGUGAACGGCUCUCUGGUGUCCUCCAUGACCCAUCAGGAGGUGGUUAAACUCAUCAAAUCCGGAACAUACGUCGCUCUCACGCUACAAGGCCCACCCCCCUCCGCCGCCUCUGUGCCACUGGAGCCCCUCCCCACUGACGUCUCACCCAAUCAAAGGACGUCUUUAGGUGGGCAAGUCCCGCCCCCUCCACCGCCACCUUUGCCCUCAGGACUCAGCAGCACCCCCUCCCAAAGAAUCACUGGACCCAAACCACUGCAGGAUCCUGAAGUUCAAAAACAUGCCACUGAAAUUCUCAGGAAAAUGUUGGAACAGGAAGAGGCUGAGCUGCAGGCUUUAUUGGAGGAACGACUGAGGAACCCGUCACCAUCACUGGAGGAAAGAAUUGAAAGUGCAAAGAGAAGAGCUCAGCAAGUCCGGAUCAAGAUUCAGCAAGAUCAGGAGGGAUCACGACCAGAAUCAGUCACCAGCUACAUUUUAGCAGGAGGUCGGUUGUCUAUGGACUCUGGUGAAGGUGAUAUGGAGGGCUUUGACAGCCCCCAGUCCUCCCCUUCUUCCUCCUUCAGGACGUCCCAACACAGACGACAGAACUCCGACACACACCCCCUAUCCAAUUCGAGUGGAAAGGCACAGAUCAUUAGCCCCGAAGAUGAAGACGAAGAAGACGACUGCUAUGAGUUUAUUGAGAUGGACGGCCCAUUUCAGGACAUUGAGUUGCUGAAGUCUCGCCCGGCUCACAUGACUGUGUUCAUGAGAUACGUGUUCAGCCAGCUCCUCGACCCCAAUCCCCUGUUGUUUUACCUGUCAGUGGAGGCAUACCUUGGCUCCAGUCCUAAAGAUGCACGCUCCCUCGCUCCUCAGAUUUGUUCUCAUUUCCUGGACCCUGACGCUCCAUUGAAAAUCAAAGUAAGAGAAGAGUACCUUACAGAUAUUGAGAGCCGGCUCCACGCACAAGAGGACAUAAGAGGCCCUCUGUCUGAGCUACAGCAGCAGGUGUUACCGGACAUACAGGACCAGAUCCAAGACUACAGGAACAAGCAGUUGAUGGGUCUGGGCUCUCUGUUUGGGGAGGGGGACCUGGUGCAGCUGGACGGAGACCCUGCCAAAGAGAGGCAGGUGGUGGACCGGCAGCUCACAGCCCUCUGGGAGAUUCUAUCAAAGCACGAAGAGGAUAGAAGUUCACCCAUCGCCUCAGCCGUGCUCCUGUAUCUCCGACACUCUGGGAUCAAACUGAGGGACUCCAAAGUUUUUCCAGGUCUGAGCACCGAAAAGGACAAGUGGCUCACCUUUUUAAAGACCAAAAAGCUGAGCAGUACAAAGAAAGACAAGGAGAAAGAUGGAGAGGACAAGAAGAGGAAUCCAAUUUUAAAAUACAUUGGAAAACCACGCAACACUUCUCAGCCAACGUACCAUGCCCCGUUGUCCCCCUCAGAAGUUCGUCCUGGAAAUGUGAGGAACAUUAUUCAACAGUUUGAGAGCAGCUCAGAGGCCGGAGAAGAAGGAGACAGCUCAGAUUCACAGAGACUGUCCACCAGCAGCCUGGGAGAGGACAGCAUGGACAGCCCGACCAUCUCCGUGCGUUUAGCCCGUAGUGAGUCUCUGAAGGCACAGGGAGAGGGGCGUCGGCGAGGGGCAGGGGCAGGGGCCGAGUCAGUGCCCCGUUCCCGUAGCGACGUGGACAUGGAGGAGUGUGGAGAGGAGAGAGAGAGCAGCGCACUUAGACCUCUGCACCAGAGUGCCUCCUCAUCGGCUUCAAGCAGCUCUGGGCGGUCUCUAGAGAACCCCACUCCCCCAUACACUCCACGCUCCAGGCGCAGGAGUGUGGACUCUCCUUUGGCUCUGCUGCCUGAUGCUGCCACUUUGGAAGAUGAAGUUUGUGAAGCUCAGAACUGGCAGGAGACUGUUUCGGCUCAGCUCCUCUCAACGCUAAGCCCCAAAGAGGUGGACAGACAAGCAGUAAUCUACGAGCUGUUCAUGACAGAGGUGUCCCAUCUGAGAACUCUGAGGGUGCUGGACCAGGUGUUCUACCAGAAGAUGAGGACGGUGCUGAACUCUGAGGAGCUGGCCUGUAUCUUCCCCAACCUGCAGCAGGUCUACGAACUCCACGCAAGUCUUUGUGAAGCAAUGAAGAAGAGAAGAGAGUCUCCCAUUGUACAGGACAUUGGUGAUGUAAUCGUGUCUAAGUUUGAGGGGCCCACUGGGGAGGAGUUCCAGGAGCAGGCUGCUCAGUUGUGCAGUCAACAGUCAAAGGCACUGGAGCUGAUCCGAAAUAAACAACGCAAAGACCCACGAUUCGCUCACAUCAUCCAGGAGUGUGAGUCCAGCCCUCACUGUCGGCGGCUGCAGCUCAAAGACCUGCUCGUGUGUGAGAUGCAGAGACUUACCAAAUAUCCUCUUCUCCUGGACAAUAUCAUCAAACAUACAGACGCCGGCUCAUCGGACAUGGCGACACUGCAACGUGCUCAAGCCUGUUGUCGUGGGAUACUACAGUAUGUUAAUGUGGUUGUUGGGGAGACGGAGCAGCGGUUGCGACUCGGGCAGUACCAGCGCAGACUCGACGUCGCUCCACAGUUUAAGAAUCUUGAUCUAACCACAAAAAGAAUGAUUCAUGAGGGUCCUCUCACAUGGAAAGUCAGCAAAGACAAGCAGCUAGAGAUCCAGGCCCUGCUGCUGUCAGACUGCCUGGUACUGCUGCAGAGGGGUCCAGAUGAGAGGCUUCAGCUCCGGUACCCAUCCCGGUGGCUGGGGGGUGGAGUGGGGCCUACAGGAGACGGGAAAACCUCCUUGAGUCCUCUGGUCAAACUGGACUCACUCCUCGUUCGAUCAGUGGCAACAGACAACAAAGCGCUCUAUAUCAUUAGCACCACAGAGAGGCAGAUCUAUGAACUGGUGGCAGGAACGUCGUCUGAGAAAAACACAUGGAAAGAUUUACUUGAAAAGACAAUAUCUGAAGCUGGUGGAUCCUCACCUCAGAUCAACCACAGCUCAAUACGAUUAUCGUCUCAAAGUGUUGGCAGUUCUUCUCCAGUAUCAACAACAGGAGACAUCUCUCUGUUGGAAGGGCAGGACUCCAGAGGAAACCACUCGUCCAAUCACACGGAGCUCUCAGUUGACACCAACUCAGAACGAGAUGAGUUCUUCUGCAGCGAGAGACCAGAAGGGGGCGUAGCUGAGGCCGCUUUACAUGACGUUGAAACACUGAGGCAGCUCAUAUUACGGGAUCUGGAGGAGGACAGGUGGAGCCAGGACUCAGAUGACACACCCACAAACGAAACUGCCACGGAGGGUUCAUUCACCGAGAAACAACGGCCCGAGUCCCUGGAGACUGUCCUCAACUUCUCCACCAACGAAGAACAAGAAGAACCUGAAGCUCCACCUGAAACUGUGAAUGAAACCACGGAACAGCCCAGAGUUGUGAGGAAAGCUGUGGUUGGGGGCUCUUUCUCUUCCUCUGUCCCCGAUGGCAUCACUGAUGAUGUCACGCUCUCCUCUGACCAAUCAAGCGAGCCGAACGGAAACACUUUCUAUUUGGUGAUGCCAUCUGAUCAUGGUGAGAGCGCCACAGACGACCUCACCGACCCGCCCACACCCGUCGCCACAAACUUCCCCUCUCAUCUCCACGAUGUGAUGUCAUCAACCGCACAAACCAGGAACCAGGAAGCACCAGCAUGUGACCCCGAGAGCUGCCAAUCAGAAGACCCGCCGUUGGAGCAGGAAAAUGACACUGGGCAAUCAGAAGCGCCGUCUCAGAAUCACGUGAUCAAAAAUGUAGAUGAGAUUUUCCACACGAUCGAGGGGUUAAUGAGUAAACUACGACAUCUGCGGGAGAUGGAGGAGGCCCAUCAGAAGCUGCUGCAGACCCUCAAAACCUCCAGCACCACUCAGGACUCAGACUCUGGCUCGUCUGCCUCUGUGUCCCGGACACCCUCCCUCGGAUCAGCAGACGGCAAAGACAGAAGUUCAGAACUGAAGAUCCAGUCAACAGGUUUUUAAAAUUUUGGAGCAGACUGAAGCCUCAUGACACACCGCGGAGUGAUACCUGCUAGGACUUACGUAUGUCCUUCUCUGGUGCUUUGGGGCCUCAUAUAAACUGAGAACUUUGACCUUUUAGCGCGUCAAGACAAUACAUGAAAAGUAUGAAGGAACACGAGACAAGUCAUGAAGAGAAAACUAUUAAAAUGUAACAAUUCGAAGUGCAAAAAAGUCGGACCAAGUUGGACAGAGUGAAGGAUAAUGUAUGCUUUGAAGAGCUGGUUGAAUGAAUGGAACAGACUGAUGUUAAAAUGUUAAUUUAAAGGAAUUAUCCGAGGGACCCAUAAAUACCCCAGCACUUUACCCACAAUGCAUCUCUCUCUACCGUGCAACCUCCGAACAUCAGGGACAAGUUGGACACUACUGCAAACCAAGUUCCCCCUCGGCCGAAGGACUGUGAUUGGAAAAUUCAGGUUACUUGCACUGGGUUUUUUGUUAACACUUAUUUAGUAGUUGUUUUAUUUUCAACAUGGGAGGAAAUAAUAAUGAGGGGUGGUCAUCAGAGCUACACCACUUCACAUCGGCCAUUUUGAAAUCUACAAAAUAGUUUCAUACUGACACACUGGCUGCAUCCUAUUUCUGUUUUCUUACCUCCUUGAGUCCUUGAGUUCAAAGUCUGCAGUGGGAGAACAUCUUCCAUUCACUAAAAUCCAUAAUGCUGAUGUUUUGCAUCCAAAAGGCACAUUUAAAACGCAAGAUUCUGCAAAAUGUUUAAUAAAUUGGUGUUUUUUAACGUUUCAGAUUUGUGUAACUUUUCUGGUGGAGGGUCCGUCCAUGGAGAUGUUGUUCCUUUGUCUGGAAUGUUUUACAGUAUGGUAUUAAACCUUCUACAUCGAGACCAAACCAGACCACUUUACAGGUCAGAUCUGUGGAGAGACAACCCCGCUCACAGUCAGAAUGCCUGUUUUUCAAGGUUUUUCUUAGCUAUAAAACUACCUGUAAUUUAAUAAAUGUAAAGUAGAGCUGUUUAAAUUCACACUGUGGAACAUUCCAGGCAGAGCAAUGACGUAUCUAUAGAAACAAACAGGUGACGGACCAACCAAAAAGUUAGACAGUGCACUCUUAAAUAAAAUAAUAGGUCUUAUGGUCAUUGAGUUAGAAUGUAGCUGGCCCAGAGCUUUCAAACUUUUAAUGAUGUUCCAUUAGCAUGCUAGAUGUUGUUAGCAUUACCAUGACAGCAAAACUCCACUCUGGCCUCUGAAAGUUGAGAAGUCAAGGAGAUAAGUGAACAAAAUCGGUUACGGCCUUCAUUCAUUCUACACUACAUGCUGAAUACUACUGAAAUACAAGUUUUAUUCACAAAUACCUAUUUAUACUACCACUCAAAAGUUUGGACUCACCCUCUCUUUCAAUUUUUUUUUAUAUGUUAUACUUUACUACUUUCAGCAUUUGAUAUACACACAGAAGACAUCAAAAAUGUGAAGUUAUCUGUACGGAAUUAUGUAGCAAAGAAAAAAAAGUCGAAUAACAGUUUUUGUAUAUAUAUGUUUAUUACCUAUUUCUCAAAUUACCCAGCUGGUGCUACUUACACAUACAUGACCAGUCAAAAGUCUGGACACACUCAAUGUUUUUCUUACGACUUUCUACAUUUUAAUUACAUACAGAAGACAUCAGAUAUAUGAAGAAAGAUAUAUGGAAUUAUUAUUUAAAAAAUGUGAAAUAACUCUUUUUUGACAAAGCAAAAUGUGUAUAAUUUGAGGAUUUGAUUAUAAAAUAUAUAAGUAAUUUUAUUUUAUUUACUACAUAAUUGCAUACAUCUUACUUAAAGGUGUAACUUUUCUGGUGGCAGGUCUGUCACCUGCUUGUUUUGAUGGAGAUGUCAUUGCUUUGCCUGGAAUGUUCCACAGUGUGACAUUAAACAGCUCUACCUUACAUUUAUUCAAUUACAGGUGGUUUUAUAGAGUAAAAAUACCUAUAAAAACAGCCAUCCUGACUGUGAGCGGGGUCACCUCUUCACAGAUCUAGCCUGUAACUUGCUCUGGUUUGGUCUCCAUGUAAGCACAAAGGUUUAAUGCCAUACUGUGAAACAUUCCAGACAAAGCCAUGAAGAAAAGCAUUUGAUGGACCCUUUACCAGAAAAGUUACACAGUGCACCUUUAAUAUUUUUUAUGUCUUUAAUAUGUAUAUCAAAUGUAAAAAAGUAUGAAAGAUAUAGAAAAACAUUUAAUGAGAUUGUGAGUCCAAACUUUUGCUACUUUUCUCUUUACUUUGAAGGGAAAAUGUUGACUAUGACAGCAAGAAUUAUAAAAAACACUUGAAUUUGACCUCUGCCAAAACCCUUCCACAAAUCGGCAACUGUGUAUCCUGUAGCCACCCCACUGUUUUUGUAUGUAAAUAGAUGAACCCAUGGUAGUACUGUGAACAGGCCCCAAGAUCCUAAAGGGGCCAGAAGAAGGGAUAAUUCAUAACCAAGUAGCUUUUUCCAUUAAAUGUAUGCACAUAAGUUAGCACUGCAAAGAAAAUACUACUUAUUUUGUUCAUAUAGACACUAACUGACUGCAUACUUUCUUGUUUCAUGCAUCAAUGCUCUAAACCAAGUAACUUUUUUCUUUUUACUUAAAUACAUAAUACAAAAAAUGCCACAUUUUGCCACAGUUUUAGCUCUAGAUUAGGGCUGCACAAGGUGAACUGGUUUCAAAUUAACGUGUUAAAGGUCCUAUAUUACACAGAAUGGAUUCUUGUGUUAUAAUGUUACCUCCUCAAAAACAUACCUGGAGUUGUUUCAUUCACACAUGUUUGAGUAAUCCUUUAUUAUUAGUCUGUCUACAUCUCCAAAGCUCAAAAUGCUCUGUUCCACCUUAUGAUAUCAUGAAACAGUUUUCAAGUUGACAGCUACCUUUUGCCUUUAUAUCAGAAGAGAUUGGCAAUUCCAGAGCUGAAAUCAUCCAAAUGAUUUUAGUGAAGGUGUAUGGAGUUUAAAAACACAGUGGACUGUGACAUCACAUGGAACAGAGUUUUCUAUUCAAGAGAAGAGCUCAGCCUAAAUAUGCAGUGUGUUUGUGAUGAGGAAACAACAUUAUAACAUAAAUCAGAAAAUACUGUAAAAUGGGCCCUUUAGCAAAAACUGAUAAGACUAAACCAAAAUUGAAGCUAUGUACAUUGUAAACACUAUUCGAAAUGCCACUACAGGAAUUAUUUUGCUUUUUUGGAAGAUUUUCAGUAUUUGGCAAAGAAGGAUAAAAGGUUUGAAGUUGAAUACUAGCGCUGCUCUUUGUUACAUGAGCUAAAAUGUCAACAUUAUCAGUGAAAUUUUCAGAAGGGAAAAUUAUUUUUUCUAUUUUGUUUUUGGCUGCAGAAUUUCGAAGCUUCUCAGUCCACGACUCAAAAUGAAUUGCCUUUUAUCAUAACUCAUAUCCAAAUACUUCCAUGUAGCAAAAAAUGAAGGUCUUUUUUUUUUUAAUCAUUUCUCAAUAAAAUAAUUGUAUGUUGAUUUAAGUAGUUUUGAAUGGUUAAGUUACUUGUUGUACCUAUAUUAUUUGACUUGUCAAACGAAACAAAAAAAAGAAACUAAACUAAUGUACUAAAUGUUGCACCUUUUCCCUUCAAAUUAGAAAGAUAUGAAACAAGUCAAAUAAUCUAGGUCUCAUAAGUAAGUCCAUCUAAACUACAGUGUAAGAUUAAAGUUACAUUGUGUGACUUUUCUGGUAGAGGGUAUGCCGCCUGCUUGUUUCCACGGAGCUGUCUUUGCUUUACCUGGAGUGUAUGGCAUGAACUUUGAUGCAACCAGGCCGAUUUUCCAGGACACAGGCGUGUUUAAUGACAUGGAGUUGUUAAUAUGAUGAUGUCACUUCUGGGUCCAACCAGAAACUUCACAUCUGAAUUUUAGCCUUGUUUUGAAAAGCGUAUGUUUAAUCCAUAAACUGUAUAAAGAAGUGGACUAAGCGAGUGUGACGUCACCCAUAACGUUCAGCUUCAGUCAAAUGAAGCUCACGAGGCUUGCAGUUAUAGGAGGGAAUUGGGAGCAGAGUUUUAUAUUAGGAUUAAGAAUUUAUUUAUGGAUAAAAUAACGAAAUAAAAACACCAGGAUCAUGUAGAGCGGGUUAAUACGAACAUUUUAAGACCAAAAUGACGAGGCUCACAGCAGCAGCUACAGAAAGAGGGAUGACUUUUUUUUUUUUUUUUUUUUUAUGUGAAGUCAAUUGGAGCCAGAGUCAAUGGAGCCGGAAGUUCCCCCAUGUUCACUCUCUAUUUAGAGCAGCUAGUGGGUUAGCUAUGUCCAUUUAUAUAUACAGUCUAUGAUUUAACCAGAAAUUGUAUCAGAUGUAUAAAUAAUAUAGUAAUAAUCUAUCAUAAUGCAGUAUUACUUACCUCAGCCUCCCUCAUACAUCUCUUUCUGUCACCGUUAUAGCCAUAGAUUAUUAGCUUUACGCAACUGCCGUUUAUUUUUAAUGUGAGAUUUCAUGUGACUAAAUAUUAAACUGUGAACACGUUCA